UUUAUUCACUUUUAUCCUUUGCUUUUAUCACUUUUAUUCAUUUUAAUUUCGUAAUUCUAUCCAUGAUCGAUGAAUAAUAGAUGAAUAGAAGAAAAAGCUAUAUUAAGUAAUAAGUAUAUUACUGUAAUGCUGAUAGACCUGACAAGCACCUAAGUUAUUUUCUUUCAAAAUGCACGGAAGGAUUAAGGUGCGAACUUCUGAAGAAGAAAAAUUAAGGAAAGAACGAGAGCGUCAAGAGAAACUAAAAAUUUUCAAACAUGCUAUGCAAAAGAUACAACAUAAGAGGAAAGAAGGGGAACUUGAUCAAGACUUGCUGGACUUGACCGGGAAGGUGUUAACUUCUAAUCCUGAUAUAUAUACUUUGUGGAACAUAAGGAGAGAAAUAUUGAGUAUUUUUAGGAAAAAUGAUGAGAUGACAGAAAAAAUGCCUCAAACCUGUGAUGCUGAGCUUCAGCUGACAGAAUAUUGUUUGAAGAUCAACCCUAAAUCAUACUGUGCAUGGCACCAGAGAGAGUGGGUACUGACCACACGUCCUGACCCUGAUUGGAAUAAGGAACUUGAGGUUUGCAACAAAUAUCUCAAACUUGAUGAAAGGAAUUUUCACACAUGGGAUUAUCGGCGUUUCGUAGUGCGCCAAUGCAAGCCACCAUUGAAGAAUGAAUUCGACUUUACUACAGAGAAAUUACAUGAUAACUUUUCAAAUUACUCUGCGUGGCAUUACAGAAGUAAAAUGUUGUUGGAAUUGUACCCUGAUGUAGAAGGAGGCAGACCUAUAGAAGCCAGUCACCACAAACAUGAGUUGAAAAUGGUUGAGAGUGCAGCAUUCACGGAUCCCGACGAUACUAGCGCGUGGUUUUAUCAGCGAUGGUUGUUAGGCGCGGUGAAGAAAACUAUCAGCCCUGUUGUGUGUACAGUAACACCCACAAAAACAACCGCUGCUUUCUCUGAUCAUGUUUCUGUAGACUUUGUUAAAUCAAGAGUUGUAUUUUAUAUUGAUGGUAAAGCUGUAAAUGGUGAUUGGAGUUCCUGUACUGGCAACCAGUUUGAUGUUCUGUGGAUUUUUAAACACGGAGAAACAGUUACUGGGGGUAUGGAUGUGAAGGUGGAAUUUGAAACAGACACUGGAGAUAAGAAUGUAAUAUGUUGCAAACAAUAUAGAGUAUGUAGAUACAUAGGAAAAACUCAGCCAGAUUUCCAAAGGAAAUACCAUGAAGCUGUGAUUGAGGAGCUGAAUAAACAACUCGAUUCGUGUCGCCAGUUGCUUGCUUUGGAACCAGACAAUAGAUGGACACUCCUCACGCUGACAGUGUUUCUACAUUGUAUUGACGCCAAGCUUCAUCACACGGAAGUUAUAGAAAAUUUACACAAGUUGAAAACUAUGGAUAAGCUCAGAGCGGGAUAUUACGAUGAUCUAAUAUCCAAAUGGAGUAUAGAACACCAACUGUCUACCUCAAAUAUAUCUGACAUUGAAUUUGAGAUUAAGUUUAACGAAAAACUUACAUGUUUACCACAUCUACAAUAUUUUAGUCACUGUGAAAAUGUUAAUUUGUGCAACCAAAAAUUAACUUCUAAAGUGUUGCCUUCAUUGGUUGUUCUUCAGCAUUGUAAAAAAUUAAAUUUAGGGACCAACCUGCUAACUACACUGAAAGGAUUACCACUUUUGCAUUUAGAAGAACUGAGUGUGCAUAACAACAAAUAUUUAACUGAAGAGGAAUUAGAAUCAAACUUUUUUUCUGGUAUUAUUUAAUAGCUGGGUUGUUUAACUGGUAACCGGCCAAACUACUGAGCCUUUUUUGAA